CCCUUCCAUAUGAACCAGCCCGUACACUUUGCCGACCUCGAACGAGUACUGAAUCAAAUUCGCCGAGCAUCUACCGACCAUCUACCUGUCUGCCCAACCAAUGGAGUUUAUUCUAAUUCCUUUCUUCCUUGUGCCUUGCAUUGCGCACGGAGCAUACAUUGAUGACGAGAUCCUUUCCCAGGAUGCAACAGUCAAACGGGACGAUUGCGUUGACAAGUAUGGCAGCGCGGUUUGCGAAAAGUACGCCAGCUACCCGGGUUACUGCCAAACUUGGAAAACCUUUAUGACGAAGAACUGCAAGAAGGCCUGUGGAUUCUGUGAGCAACCCAAGCCACCUGCCCCGGUAAAAGAAUGUAAGGACAUUGCCGAGUCUGCCAUGUGCCAGCACUACGCAAAGAUCAGCGGUUACUGCCAACAGAACAAGGAAUAUAUGACGCAGUACUGCGAGUUGUCCUGCGGAUUCUGCACUCCCGAAGUACCUCCGACUACCUCAGAACCCACACCACAAGUGUGCGCUGAUAAGCUGAGUAAGGAGGUUUGCGCUGCGAAAGUCAUUAUUGACGGCUACUGUCGACGGCACAAGACCUACAUGAACAUCUACUGCCGGAAGUCCUGUGGAUUCUGUGGAAAAGCCCCGCACCCUCCAAUCCAAGAAUCGACCACUUCCGCCCCAACAGAGCCGCCAGUUACCAAGACAACCACAGCCCCGACAGAGCCGCCAGUUACCAAGACAACCACAGCCCCGACAAAGGCGCCAGCGCCGCCCAAGGAAUGUGUGGACAAGAAGAGUAAGUCCUGGUGCGAAGUCUACUCAAAACGCGAAGGGUACUGUGACAAGUACAAGAGCUUCCUGAUUAAAUACUGCGAGAAGUCCUGUGGAUUCUGUGUGCCAGUGAAGCCACCAGCUCCUCCAAAGGAAAAGCCUUACUGCCAGGACAUGGAAGGCGACUGUGACGACCUGAAGAGCAAGGGAUUCUGUACGGGCACCAAAGAACAGGUCGCGCACAUGCGCAUGGUCUGCGAGGUCACAUGUGAUCUGUGCAAACAGCCAAAGCCUGAAGAGUGCAAGGAUAACUUGAAGUGUGCCGUGUACGUUCAACAUAAAAUGUGCGACUCUCUCGACCCCAAGGUGCGGUUUCAAAUGAAGACAUUUUGCCCUUCUACAUGCCGGUACUGCAAUCCUUCAGCUCCAGCCCCGACGAAACUUCCCGAAACAACCAGUCUUCCCAAGACAACCAGUCUUCCCGAAACAACCGGUCUUCCCGAGACAACCAGUCUUCCCGAAACAACCAGUCUUCCCGAGACAACCAGUCUUCCCGAAACAACCAAUUUACCCGAAACAACCAGUCUUCCCGAAACAACCAAUCUACCCGAGACAACCAGUCCUCCAGAAACGGCCACCCCUCCAGAAACAACCACCCUUCCCAAAGUGACCACUCCAAAGCCGACUGAAGUUCCGUUCGCUGACGACUGCCUCAAGCGCGUUAAUGCGUACCGUUCCAUUCAUGGAAUGCCUCCCCUCAAGUGGGACCUGGGUCUGCAACAAGCCGCCGAGACAUGGGUGCAACACUUGCACGCAACUCGCAAAUUGUUCGCUGAUCCCAACAACAAAAACAUGGGGGAAAGUCGGUAUUUCAACACAAGCAAGAGUCGUAAAUAUCUUUGUGUCGCGGCUGUGGAUAGCUGGUAUUUCCAAAUUGACAAGUACGCCAAGCGCGGCUAUUGUUCCAGGCCUCCUUACCAUGGAGACUACAGCAUCGCAGACUUCGUCCAGCUGAUGUGGAAGAACACAAAGGAUGUCGGGAUAGCUAUAUCCGGGGAUUACGUGGUUGCGCGCUUUGCACCACGGGGUAAUAUCCCUGGCCAGGUGGCAGCCAACGUCAACUGUCCGCUUUUACCGUGAGCCGACAAGACGUCAUCGCGCGAAGCAAGAAACAACGACCCAUAGGAUGAGCAGAUUCAUAAGGAGUACAGGAACGAAACCAUAACAAUUAUCAACUAGCUGACCAACAUUUUGAUGAAUACAAAAUAAAUUAUGUAAACUUCUCUUUAAUUAAAGAUGAUUUACCGAUAAA